GUGUUUGGAGCUGGAGACGUCCUGGGCUGUGGAGGAGUUGCCGCCCGAGCUACUUGGAGAGCGGGGACGUGAAAAACUGGAUUGGAAAUCAGCUACUUUAUUAAGCAGUGUGCUCUUUGGAGUGGAUUUUAGAGUUAUUCCUCAAGUGUGCUGUGAUUUUGCGGCCCCUCCCUCAAAUCUUUGUUUGGUUUUCUUUCUGGCUGUCCUCUGCAAUAGUGGAGCCUUGUAACAUUUGUUUAGUACAUGCAAAAAUUAAUGCAUGAGGAAUUCAUGCAAAGGAGUAAGAAGACUGUUAGGAUGCCCAUGGUAAUGCGGAGGCUGAGAGAUCCUGACAUAAAUCCUUGCCUGCCGGAAUCUGAUGCUUCUAUUAGAUGCAUGAAUGAAAAUAACUAUGACAAAGAAAGAUGUUCCAUUUACUUCUUGAAGUACAAAAACUGCCGGAGAUUCUGGCAUUCUGUCAUGAUCCAGAGAAGACGGAAUGGAGUGAAUCCACCUAUGCCUACAGCAGCAGAAAGAGAUGAAAUCUUGGGAGCAAUGGGAAAGAUGCCCUAUUGAAUGUUUGCAUUAAAAUUGUUUAUAUAAUUUAGAAGCAGAUGAAUAUUUUUAAUAAAUGAUUGCUGUAAUCUUUUAAGACUU